ACAUAUGUACUCUUUCUCUGUUUAAAAAAAAAAUUGGUGAAUGAAAACACAAACUGUGAUACAUAUAUACAACAGAAUAUUCUUCAGCAACAAAAAAGGAAUGAAUGAUUAAAAUAUGCAACAUGGGUCAGUUUAAUUAUGCUAAUUAAAAGAAUUUAAAUUAAGGAAAAGGAAAUACAUACUGUAUGAUUCUAUUUAUAUAAAAUACUAGAAAAUGCAAGCUAUGAUGACAGAAAGCAGAUCUGUGGUGGGGGAAGAAGAGGGAGAGAUUACAAAGGAGCAUGAGAAACUUUUGGAGCAUGGGAAAUAACAAGUUAUUUUUACUGUGAUGAUGGUAUCACAGCAUAUACUUAUAUUAAAGUUUAUCAGAUUAUGUAGUUUGAAUACAUUUGAUAUAUCUCAACAAAACCGUAAACAAAUAAUCUCAAAAGGAGUCUGGAAUUGAAAAGUGGUGACAUAACCCAGAGAUUAGCAACUGCAUAAAGCCCCUGUCUACCCCUAGGAUUGGAGGAACAUAAGGAAAAAUGGUAUUCCCAGAGCCCAUGUUCCUUGGCCACUAAGACUAAUGGGGUCUCUACUAAAACUGCUCUUUCAACUACCACCUCUACUUCUCUCCAAGAAGCCAGGAGCACACAUUCUUAUUACACCUGGGGUGUGUGAAGUCAUGUGUAAGUGCUGCUGCUUGUGGAGUGCCCGUGGAGCCCAGGAGAGCUGCCUCUGCUGGAGGCAUCACCAAAAGCAGAAAAGAAAAAAUGGCUCUCCCUUCCAUCUUCCAAACUCUUCCCAUCCUCCUCUCCUAUUGACAGAAGCUAACAGGAAGCUGGCUGAGAAGAGUGUUGACUUUGUAGCCUUCUAGCUCUUCAUGAUCAGAGGGUAAUAAGGAAAGGCAUUUAUGGAGUUGAAAGCCAAUGGACAAGUAACUGGCUCAACUGUCUAAUAUAUCACUCUUGGCAAAGGAAAAUAUGUAGUAAGUAAAGCCACAGUUCUUACUGUCAUGGAUUUUGUCUAUUAGCAUAUGCUGGUUCCCCUGAGGUUACACGCCCUCCCAUCCCCUGCCUCCACUAAGUAGCUCACCAUAAGUGCAGAUGUAAAGGCCAAGAGAAAAGUACAGGCUACAGGCACAGAAGGUGGGAAGAAAAGAGAGGGUGUGUUCAGGUGAGUGGAGACAGUGCUAGAGAUGUGGGAGGAUGGCCUUUUCUGUCACCAAACAGCUUUUUGGGGGUUUAACAGCCAGCCUCUCAAAUAAACCUGUCACUACUUUCUGUGAAAUCCUGCUAGGAAUAGAAGCCCUCAAACCUUGUACCUGCAUCUCAAUUUGCUGUAGACUCAGAGGGCUCUUGAAGGACCCUCUGGAUGCCACUGAAGAACUCAGAAAGUUAUGCUUUGAACACAGGAACAUAUAAUCAAUUUUGAAAUUACAUUUUUUAUAUCCUAUAGAUUAAAGUCCAGUUCCUUAAAAGCCUGCUGAGUUUUUUCAUAAUAACCAAUUACAAAGUGGGAACUAAGCUGAUGUGGAAAGGGGGAGGAAUUUUUAGUGUAAUUCUCAGCAUUCGCUUCUGCUUCAGAUGGUGUGGGAGCUCCACAUGGUGAGUUCAUAUAUUUUUUAAAAAGAUAUCUCAUUAAAUUGGCUUGGCACUGACAAAUCCACUGGUCACAACCUCUUCAAUAAUGUCUAACAAAGGAAACACUUUGGAAAAAUAAAUGUAAUGAAAUAAAGAAAGAAGUUGCUUUUUCAUAUAUGUAAGUUCAGAUGUUUAAAUAUGAACCCAUAUACUAACAAUAGUGUUUGGAGUUUGUUACAUUUUUAAGAUUUAAUUUUACUUAUACAGGUAAUUUACAAUCAGCCAAUGUGAUCAUUAAAAAGUAUAGAUAACGUAAAAGGUUUUUAUGACCCCCUCACAAUCUUGUUUCUCUAGAACCACUGCUAUUUGUGUGUUUGUGUCAUAUCCCAACCCUUUUUCUUUGCAUUACCUACAUAUGCACUCAUAGAAUUGCGUCUGCUAUUUUGAAAAAAAUUAUCCCGAAGUGGAAAUCUGUAGAUUGCAAAAUUGGCUGUAUACUUUUCAGCUACUUUUAUUGAAAGAGGGAGUUUAUUUUCCCACCCCUUGAUUCCAGCUUGCUUUGUGACUUGCUUUGAUUGUUCUAAUGCAGAAGGGAUGUUGUGCCAGACCCAAACCUAGAGGCCUCAUCGCUUUUACUCUCACUGCCCUGGAACUUUGAAACCAGCAUGGGAACAAUUCUGGACUAGCCAUCUGGAGACUGAGACCACAUGGAAAGAGGUCCCAGGCACCCCAGUCUAUUUACCAGAUGAAUGUAAAUGUAUGACUGUCCACAAUGCCUGCACCAGGAGGAUAUUAUUCUACAAAUAAGGGCCCAGUGUGACAUUUAUGAGAAAGCCAGGGUCCUUCUGUGCAAAACUGAUUGGUGCUCAGCCAAUGGGCUCCAGGGCGUUGCAAAUAAAACCACCUUCUCCACCGGGCCCGUUCAGAUGCAGGAUAGUGUGUUGCUUCUGCCUGUGGAACUUUAGGAAAUGCUCAACUCCUGUCCUAGCAAAAUACAUCUGUGGCCAGCUAAGUGAAACCAGCUUUGAAGAUGAAACACCUUCUUCCUCAAUUCCCUUCCAUCUUGGCCAUCUAUUGCUUCUGCAUGCUACAGAUUCCCUCUUCAGGAUCUCCUCGACCUCUAGCUGAUCCCCCAAAUGGCUUGGAUAUCAUGCAGCUUGAGCGACUGGCAUAUUGGGCCACUCUUUCUAAGCAACCUAAGGAUAAUCAAGACAUAUACAAAAGGUUUUUAUUUCACUACUCCAGAACUCAGGAGCCAACACAUCCAGUUAAAAGUGGGUUCCCUCCUGUGCACCCCUUGAUGCGCCUGGCCGCGCAGCUCGCCAGCCCCAGGAUGAGAAGAUUUCUGCAACCGCGGGAUUCGAGGACUGCUGCAGUGGAUUUCACCAAGAAGGAUCACACUGCCACCUGGGGACGACCAUUUUUCCUUUUCAGGCCAAGGAAUGGAAGAAACACUGAAGAUAACACCCUGUAGGGAAGUCCAAGAGUUCUGUGGCAAAGAGAAACUGGAUCAGAUAAAGAAAUCGAGCAAUUAUCUUGAACAAAUGUCAACUUUCUUUCUGUGAACAAUAAAAGAUAAUUCUCUUGCUCUAUA